GUCUAUCAAUCUCUGGUGACAAUGGACAGCAGCGGUGAGCAGAGGGGUCAGGUAGAUGAUGAGGCCAUGUGCACCUCGGAUGGGUUGGAGGAGGGUGAGGUGGAGGGAGAGACGCUGCUCAUCGUGGAGUCGGAGGACCAGGCCUCUGUAGAUCUAUCGCAUGACCAGAGCGGUGACUCACUCAACAGCGACCUGGGGGAGGAGGGAGAGGGCGGCUGGAACGACGACAUGGCCUUCUAUUGCGACAAGUGCCACAAAUGGAUCCCAGCUGCCCAGCUGCAUGGAGAACAACCCAGCUACCUGAAAGGAGACAAUUUCUUCAAGUUUAACUGCUACGACUGUACAGAAGAUGGCAAGGAGACAUUUGAGAGAAUGAGACUCACCUGGCAACAAGUGGUAAUGUUGGCCAUGUACAACCUCUCGUUGGAGGGCACAGGGCGUCAAGGUUACUUCCGAUGGAAGGAGGACAUUUGUGCCUUUAUUGGGAGACAUUGGACCUUCCUACUGGGUACCAGAAAGAAGACUUCCACGUGGUGGAGCACGGUGGCAGGCUGCUUGUCUGUGGGGAGUCCCACGUUCUUCCGUUCUGGGGCCCAGGAGUUUGGUGAGCCAGGCUGGUGGAAGCUGGUGCAGAACCGUCCACCCACACUGCGCCCAGAUAUGGACAAGGCCUCGGUGGCCUCCCUAAAGUCUAAAUCAGCCUCCAAACCGACACUGGACCCUAUCAUCACGGUGGAGGGCUUACGGAAGCGUGCAGGCCGGAAUCCAGUUGAGAGUGCCAUGCAACUGAAAGAGAAGCGCUCGCGCACGCAGGAGGCCAAGGACAUCCGGCGAGCACAGAAGGAGGCGGCGGGCUACAUGGAUUGCAGCACCUCCUCCACGCCUGUCAAAUUCAGUGGGCGUGGUGGUGGUGGGCGGCGGCCUGACUUGGUCCUGGAGAAAGGCGAAGUGGUUGACUUCUCUUCGAUGAGCUCCUCUGACCGCACUCCACUCACCAGCCCCUCGCCGUCGCCCUCCCCAGAUUUCUCAGCUCCAGGCACCCCCGCCUCCCACUCAGCCACACCCAGCCUGCUGUCAGAGGCCGACCUCAUCCCAGACGUGAUGCCGCCGAUGGCUCUCUUUCACGAUGACGAGGAGCUGGACGGCGAAGGUGUAAUUGAUCCCGGCAUCGAGUACAUACCUCCACCCAGUGCAUCCUCAGGCACCGGCGCCGUGAUUGUGCGCAAAAAGCUGCGUCCAGAGGCGGUGGCAGCACAUAUCAAGCAGGAAGCAGAAAGCGAAGAUGAGGUGGGCCGUGGCCGGGAUGAUGAUGAUGAUGAUGACGACGAGGAGCGAAGGGGACAGACUGAAGGUCAAUCCAGCACAGCCAGGGGAGCAUGGGGUGUCGGGGAGAGAAGGGGUGCUGUAGUAGAGAAGGGGGAGUGCGUGCCCCCCGCAGAGCCCCGGUUCUCCCCCCUUAGCCUGUAUGAGGAGCGUGUGCUAUUACGGCGCCUGGAGGCUUGUCCACAGGCGCUGGCUGUGACUUCACAGGCCAGGCGGCUGUAUAGGAAGCUGCUGGUGAGGCAAGCAAAGAGACAGAGAGGGCUCCCCCUCCUGGACAUGGAUCAGGCGGUCAAUGCCACCCUCAGUCUGGUGGGAGGGGUGUAUGGGGCCCAGGAGGGUGGACAAGGCUGCCGCGGUGACUUCAGCUCUGGAAAGUUUCGCACCACCAGUCAAGAUCUCAGAAUUCUCGACCGCUUCCAGACAACGGUAUCUAGCAGAAGAGGCUACCAUCAGCCCACAGUGUCUUUCUGGCACCGGCUAAUGGGCUCCGACGCCAGUGUAGACCAGGGCAUCAAGAGCCCUUACACCUCACGCACCCUUAAACCCUUCAUAAGGCGGGACUACGAGAACAAACCCAUGAAGCUCAAGCUGUUGGCAGAGAUCCGUGCUUACCCCCACAAGAAGGACCCACACUGGGUACCCGAGCCAGAGGCUCCAAUCGACUACUGUUACGUCCGGCCCAACCAUAUCCCCUCUGUCAACUCCAUGUGCCAUGAUAUCUUCUGGCCAGGUGUGGAUCUCUCAGAGUGUCUCCAGUAUCCAGACUUCAGCGUGGUUGUCCUUUAUAAGAAGGUGGUAAUCGGCUUUGGGUUCAUGGUGCCGGACGUGAAGUACAACGAGGCCUACAUCUCUUUCCUGCUGGUGCAUCCGGAGUGGAGAAGAGCAGGCAUCGCUACAUUCAUGAUCUACCAUCUCAUUCAGACAUGCAUGGGGAAAGAUGUCACUCUACAUGUCUCGGCAAGUAACCCUGCCAUGCUGCUCUACCAGAAGUUUGGCUUUAAAACAGAAGAGUAUAUCUUAGACUUUUACGACAAAUACUAUCCGCUGGACAGCAAGGAGUGCCGACAUGCAUUCUUCCUGCGGCUGCGGCGGUGAGAGGAAACUGGAAAGUAAUCCAGUUCAUUUAAAUGUUCUAAAAUGGACAUUACCAUGUACUGUAGUUUGGUUUACAGGAGCUUUGUCCAUUUUAGUAUUCAUAUUUCUUUGAUAAAAAAAGAAUUGGAAGUGCUAUUCAGUUUAGCCAUUGUACGUUACACCAGUGUUUCCUAAUCCUGGGGAUCCAAAGGGGUGAACGUUUUCUCCUUGCACUCACCAACCUGAUUCAAAUUAAAGACUUGAUAGGUUGAUUACCUCAAUCAAGUGUGUAAGUGGUAGGGCAACAUUUGAAUCAGGUGUGUGAGUGCUAAGGAAAAAACAUAAACCUCUUUGAGGCCCCAGGAUUGGGAAACACUGCAUUACACCAUCUCUUGUAAGCAUGUCAUUAUGUGAGAAUCUGUGGAUUUAUUGUUUAUGGGUGAUCCAAAGUCAUUUAUGUUUUUGUUCAUCUUGUGAGUUACAAAAAGCUCUGUCUCAAUCUUUGUUAUUGCAGUGUCUAUGUUCAGUGUGAAAGAGAUCUAUUUUAACCUGAAGUAUGGUAUUACUGUAAUUUUUUUACAUUUCUGAACAAGUGGUGAACUGUAAGUGAAAAUUCAUAUAAAGAA